AUGGGGCCGAGUUCAGCGGGAAGUAGACCAGUCACUGGCCACCAUGCAGGGCCUGGGUCCCCCUGGGGCCUCUUCCGUCCCUGUGCCGGGCUCUCUGUGCAGCUGAGCAGCAGUGGGAUAGAACAAAAUGGCAUUCUGGCCAAUCAGGUAGCCGGGGUCACAGGGUCCACUGAUGGGAUCGGCUUCGCCAUGGCUCAGCGUCUGGCCCAGGAUGGGCCCCAUGUGGUCGUCAGCAGCCAGAAGCAGCAGAACGUGGACCUGGCGGUGGCAGCACUGCAGGAGGAGGGGCUGAGCACUGUGGGCACCACGUGCCAAGGGGAAGGCAGAGACCAGGAGCAGCUGGUGGACACAGCCCUGGAGCACUGUGGGGACGUCGACUCCCUGGUGUGCAGCUCAACAGUCAGCCCCCCCCCAGUGGGGAGCACUCUGGGCACCAGUGAGCAGGUGGGGGACAAGGUGAGAGGCUGCCCCUGGGAGUUGGCUGAGGG